CUUAGUGCACUUGAUGCUAUAACGGGGCGCCAUUUGGAUUUCACCCAAAGUCAUUACCAGUUGUAAGCGGUUGUGGUUCGUUGCUGAGAGUGCAGAGUCUCAUUUCACGACUUGUCAUAAACUCUUGUUUGAGCUGGGGAUAUUUUCAGUUCAGGACACAUGCGGCGCUCGAAGCGAAUGCGCUGUCCUGAUGGAUGGAGGAUGGGUGAGUGGAGCUGGGAGGGGGAAGAAGACCGGACCGUGGAGGCUCACAAGCGACCGAAGAGGGACUCACGCAGCACUGAGAGAGACAGGAGACCAAGACGGUUCCACCACUACAGAACCUACGAAAGGUGCAACAGAAGCACUAGGGGGCUGGAGUACACAGAGCGCAGGGUGCCAGAGCCCGGCCUGAAGCCGCGGGGCAAUGAUAAGCGAGCAACUGACCGAGCUGACGGGCGUUGGCACCACUACAGUAAAUCCUUGGCUCGAUGCGGUAGCAGAGAACAGCAACGUUCUAAGCACCACAACAGCCGUUCACACUCGAAAAGUCAUCGCAGGAAAAGAACCAGGAGUUUUGAGGAUGAUGAGGACGGUCACCUGAUCUAUCACAAUGGACAAGUUCUAAGAGCAAGAUAUGAGAUUGUGAGCACUUUAGGUGAAGGAGCCUUUGGAAAAGUUGUGGAGUGUAUUGACCACACAAACAGAGAUGGAAUAAGGGUGGCCCUGAAGAUAAUAAAAAAUCAGGAGCGCUAUCGCGAGGCAGCUCUUAUCGAGGUGGAGGUGCUGAAACAGAUGAACGUGUUGGACUCUGAAAAUCGUUUUGCGUGUGUUCGGAUGCUAGACUGGUUUGAUCACCAUGGUCACAUCUGCAUCGUGUUUGAGUUGUUGGGGCUGAGCACAUAUGACUUCCUGAAGGAGAAUGACUACAUGCCCUUUACGGUUGACCAGAUCAGACACAUGGCAUAUCAGAUCUUCAGAGCUGUACACUUUCUUCAUCAGAAUAAGCUAACACACACUGACUUGAAACCUGAAAACAUUCUCUUUGUGGAUUCAGACUGUGACAUAGAAUACAAUAAUAAGUUGAAACGGGAUGAGAGGACACUGAAGAACCUCAAUGUGAAGGUUGUGGACUUUGGCAAUGCUACGUACGACCAUGAGCACCAUACUUCAGUGGUGUCAACACGUCACUACAGAGCACCUGAGGUUGUCUUGGAGCUGGGCUGGAAUCAGGCGUGUGAUGUUUGGAGUUUGGGCUGCAUUCUGAUUGAGUACUAUCUGGGAUUAACACUGUUUCAGACUCAUGACAGCAAGGAGCAUCUAGCCAUGAUGGAGAGGGUUCUAGGACCAAUACCGGCACACAUGCUCCAGCGAACAAGGAAACAGUGCUAUAUUCAUCAUGGCAAGCUGGACUGGGAUGAUUGCAGCUCAUCAGGGAGAUAUGUGAGGAAGCACUGCAAGCCUCUCAAGCAAUACAUGUCCUCCAAGAGCUCGGAACAUGAGCAGCUGUUUGACCUGCUCCAGAAGAUGAUGGAGUAUGAUGUGUCUAAGCGCAUCACCCUGGAGGAGGCCAUCAAACACCCGUUUUUCACCCCACUUAGGAAAGAGAGUGAAAAGUGAACCUCCGAUCACCUGUUUCACCCCUUUACACCUCCCACGGAGACUCCUGCUGACUGUAUCAGUCACUUUACUGGAGCAAUAAGACUUAAGAUAAAGCUUUAAGUGUUAAUUAAAUGAAUCCAGCUACAAACUGCAUGUUGGUGCUUUGUUUUAGCUGUGUACUGACCAGUGAUAUAAGAACAUGCAGAUGACAAAACAGACAGAUGACAGAACGUUGCACAUUUCUCCUUCAAUGUUACCUGCUUGCUUAAUGUACAUAUUUAUUUUGUGAUUUCAUGUGUACAAUGUCUUCCACUGGAUUUUUGUGUUAAUUAAACUUUACUACAGUUUCAGAUAAUCAUGA